AGGGGCUUAUGACUCAUCUUCCUGAAUCAGAAAUCCAAUCUGAAUUCACUUUGCUACUGCAGUGUACAGGUAGAGCGCCGUGAGAGGUGAUGACGGUGAAUCUGUGAGCCGAAGAAGCUGUAGCACGCUCUCAGCCCUAAGCUUAGAGGUAAAUUUGAUUUUGGUUGCAUCCUGUGAAUGAUCAAUCAUCCAGAUCCAAAGAACUUUGAAGGUUGCUUUGAUUGAUCCACAUGGCAUAUGAAUUAACCGAGAUGAAGAAGGCCGGUAUAGGCCUGAUUGGUUUGGGCAUCUUUUUCACAUUCCUUGGAGUUGUUCUUUUCUUCGACCGCGGUUUGCUUGCUCUCGGAAAUAUAUUUUGGUUGGCAGGGGUAGCCAUUUUGCUUGGAUGGCGUUCCAUGUUGAGUCUCUUUACAAAUCCAGCAAACUAUAAGGGUACUGCGUCAUUUCUUCUUGGCCUCUUUUUCAUUUUUGUGAGGUUGCCCAUAGUUGGCAUUCUAUUUGAAAUAUACGGCUGUUUUGUUCUUUUCGGUCGUUUUUGGUCAUCGAUCAAAGUUUUCCUCUAUCAUAUCCCUCUUCUUGGAUGGAUUAUACAGUUUAUUUCCCCUCCGUGAUCUGGUUUCCAAAGGCACAAUGAGGUUUCGAUGUUGUUUAUAAGAUCUUGCAUGUGACAGAUAAGACGACAAAAACAUGAUAUAAAAUUAGAAAAUUGCUCGACGAAGAAGAGGAAGAGGAAGAUGGGGAGGAAGAAGAGGAGGACAGAAGGGAGAGGGUGAGGUAGAGGAAGGGGAAAGGGAUAGAGAGGGGAUGAGGAGGCUGGCCAAGGCAAUAAAGAGGUUUGGGGAAGUGUAUAAGAGAGCGAAACUACAGAAGUUGAGGCAAAUGGUGGAUUUGGGUUGAGAAUUUGGAAAGUAGGUUAUAAAAUUAGAAUUCAGUUAAGGGUUGGCUAUGUCAUCAUUUCUGUUUGUCACAUAAAAUAUUUGUUUGUCACACCACUUUUUUUAUGUUAACAGAACACAUCUGUUUUUGUAGAUGAUUAUUUUUGGCAU